CUCGUGUCUCGUGAUGAAUGUGACCGAAAAGGCGCAAAAUUUUCUCUGUUUCUUCUUUUGUUUCGCUUCAAAUUUCAAACCCCACUUCCCAUUUUUACCCGUAAACCCUAAAAAGAUGAUCGGCGCCUUGCGGAGAAGCUCUGGGAUUUCUGGGUUGUUACAUUUUCGCCAUUUUUCUCACUUGAAAGGUUCUAAGGCGGCUUUUGAAGCUACUGCGAUCGUGAGGAAGCAAAAUCAACCAAUUCGGCCGUACUUCCGUUUGCCGGACUCUUUCAGGAAGGCGAAGGAGGUUGGUGUUUUUUCGUCGGGGCAGCACUCGUCUGCUUCAUCGUUUUUUUCGAUUGUGAAGGUUGAGUUUCUUGAAUGGUAUUUGGCGAUGAUCAAAUGUCGUCCUGUUCUUACUAAGAGUAUCACUUCUGCGAUUAUUUACACGGCUGCUGAUUUGUCGUCUCAGACCAUUUCUCUGUCAUCGUCAGAGUCAUAUGAUUUAAUUCGAACGGUACGGAUGGCUGGAUAUGGUAUGCUGGUUCUUGGGCCAUCUCUCCAUUACUGGUUCAACUUAAUGUCAAAACUCUUCCCUCAGAAAGAUCUAUUCUCCACCUUCAAGAAAAUGGCCAUGGGCCAAGGUCUCUUUGGCCCUUUCAUGACAGCCAUUUUCUUCUCCUUAAAUGCAUUUCUCCAAGGUGAAAGUGGUGCUGAAAUUAUUGCCCGAUUGAAACGAGACUUGCUUCCUACAAUGCUUAAUGGCGUUAUGUACUGGCCAGUUUGCGAUUUCAUCACGUUUAGAUUUGUCCCUGUUCAUCUUCAAGCGUUGGUGAGCAAUUCUUUUUCGUAUGUGUGGACAGUUUACAUGACAUAUAUGGCGAGCCUCGAGAAAGCUGUCUCGUGAUUUGAUCAUUUUAUCUGAAGGGUUAAGUUCAGACAGGAUCUUGAUGACAGUCCCUUUUCCAAUUUUCUAGGAUGAAGAAACAAGUGGUUUUUGAAGCGGAAGUUGCUUAGCUUUUUAGGAAGAAGGGAGAGAGAGAUUCUUUUCUAGUUAAUAUAAUUGUAAACUUUUUUAUGAGUAAAGAGAUGUAUGAAUUGAAGAACCUUUUGGGAAUCUCAAUUAGCAUUUGCUUGGUAUAUAAUAUUUGUAGAAAGUGAAAAUUCUAUUUCUAUCUAAUUUGUUUUUACUUCGCAA